GGCCCACUGUCCCAGGCGGAGAACCUGACAUGGGCACGGGUGAUUGGAGAAUUCAAUUGCAGCCUGACUCACGGAAAAGAAUAGUCGACAAAAUCAAACUUGAGGGAACAUAAAGUGCUGGGAAGUAAUUUUUGUUGGAACUUCUUGUGCAAUCUCUUCUUUCGAUGAUGACCUCUUGGAUGGCUGCAUGAAGCUUGUUCCGCUUUAAAUUUCAAGAAUGGAGACAUUAAAGAGGCAUCUUCUGUUUUCUGGUGAGGAGGGAUUACAAGAACUCAAGAAAAUUGCCAUACGAUUUGAGGAAAAGAUUUAUACUACCGCCACCAAUCAGUUUGAUUAUCUGCGUAAAAUAUCUCUGGAGAUGCUUUCGAUGGAGAUCAGGUCUCAAAAUGCCAUGCCCACUGCCCCCAUGGAUCCAGCAGCAUCCCAUAGCAUGCCCCCUCAAGUUCAGAAUCAUGGGCUAUUUCUCCCCAUCAUAUUGUCCACUGAUCAGUCUCAAGCACGCCAGCAGUUGUUAUCACAGAACAUGCAGAAAUGCAUGGUAUCUAAUGGAGUUCAAAGUUCUGCUGGUUUACAAGCGGCACUGCCUCCUGUCUCCGGUGUAACCCAGACUAUCCCCAACACUGUUGUCCAGAAUCCUAACAUGCAGAGUAUCCCCGGUGUUUCACAGAACUCAAUGGGGGAAUUCAAUUGGACAAGGGAUUCCCUCCACUAUGUUUGCCAAUUCUCAGAGACAAAUGCUAGCAUCCCUAGAUUCUACAGCACAGACUGGACAUGCAAAAGGCGCUGAUUGACAAGAGUAGAUCUAUCAGAAGAUCAAAGUUAUGAAGGAGACUUAUUUCCCUGAAAUAAAUGAAAUGUAUCAGAGAAUUGCUGCCAAGUUACAGCAGCAUGACUCUCAUCCGCAACAACCGAAGUCGGAACAGAUUGAAAAGCUGGAGGUAUUCAAGGCCAUGUUGGAGCGCUUGAUAACAUUCUUACAUGUCUCUAAAAACAAAAUCACACCUAGUUUCAAGGAGAAAUUGGGUUCCAAUGAGAAGCAUAUUGUAAGUUUUCUAAACCCAGGCAGAUCAGGAAGCCAAUUCCUAAUCUACAGCUAGGACAACUUCCCCAGCCUCAUGUGCAACCUAUGCAGCAAUCCCAGUCUCUAGUUCUUCAAUUGCAGUCCCAUGAAAAUCAACUGAAUACCCAGUUGCCAUCAAUGAAUGUGCAAGGUUCUAUACCAACAA